UCCAUAGCGUUUACGUUUUCACGUCUAUAUCAUUCACGUUUAAUUAAUUUCUUCUGCACGACCAAUCCAUUUUCUCUUUCAUUCUUCUCCUUUCUACUCGUUUCCCCCCCCCCCCCCCCCCCCAAUUCUUUCUCUUGUGGAGGAGCUAAAGAGGGUUGCUGCUUAGGGAAUUCACCCCUUUUGGGAUUAAUCCAUCAUGGCAGUUGACGAAGUUGAAGCCAAAGGCUUAAAUCCGGGCCUCAUAGUACUGUUGGUUGUUGGAGGGCUUCUAAUAACCUUUCUAGUCGGAAAUUACGUACUUUAUACCUACGCUCAAAAGAACAUGCCACCAAAGAAGAAGAAGCCUGUUUCAAAGAAGAAGAUGAAGCGAGAAAGGCUCAAGCAAGGUGUUGCGCCUCCCGGAGAGUAAUUAUCUACGGGUUUUCAGCAAAUCUAUCCUCUCGGUCACCAUACUAUACUGAAUUGCUGCUUUGGGAUUUUCGUUUCCUUGUAACAUUAAACAAAGUUUCGAGUCUUUUGUUGUUUAGUCUCAGGUUAAUUGUCGUAUGAUUUAUUGGGUAGUACGAGGACUUAAGCCCAUGACUCUUUGCUUUGUUGGUGUAAAGUUGUGGUAGUGUUUGUCGGUAGUCAUGGGUCGUUUUGUUGUUAACUUGCGUUUGGGUGUGUUAGUAUUGACCCGAAGCAAUGACGUUCGUGUUCAUUAUGUUGAUCUGAUGGAACUAUUUUGUGUUA